AUCUGUUCUGAGCACCACCUCCAGACGCGACUCCUACGCGCUCCUUCUCCCCACUCUGCCGCCUCUCAUGCCAUUGGUCCUUCUUCUCAUUCAAUCAAUCCUCAUUCAAGUCAACUCCACUCAUCCCUUCCUUUUGUGCUGCUCCAUCGUCUCGGUUACUGUCUCUCCAAACAACCAGUUUGCAUACACAUUUCACACAUCCGCAGAAUCACAAAAAAAGGGGGGAGGGGGAGAAGAGAAAGAAGGGAUCAGAGGCUGUCCGAACCCUCCCCAGGACCGUCACCACCGACAAGCACCACCACCCCACUCGAUUAUUUUUAAAUCCGCAGAAGGGUCAAAGGGACGCGUCCCGCUGUACGGAUGCAUAUCUGGCUGCCCUGGCCCUCCUUUUCCGCCGAUGGUGUCUGUCGGCAGUAAAAGGUCCAGAAUGUUUAUGCCAACUGCGGAGAGGGUACCAGAGCACAUUGAACCACAAUCUCUCCAGUCGUGGUCGUGCUGGGGGACCGAUGCCGCCCUGUGCACUUGAAACGACACAUCCUGUGUUCCCACUGUCACAUCGCUGUGCUUCUCUCCCUCGUUUUGUGUUCCCAUUCGGUGGUCUUUUUUAAAGUUCCUUCCACAGAUCGAACUUCUUGGCACCUUCUUCGCUCUCCUAAUAUCUUUCUCUCUCUCACUCGCUCCUACCAUCCUAUCCCACACUCAA